GGGUUUUAAAAGGCAAGAACCUUGAUCAAGUUCCUUCACAACUUCAUCACUCACAUCUAGUUCCAACAAACAAACAAUUUAAUCCACAAACCUCACAUCCAUCUCCUACUACUCUAUCAUCAGUCAACAUGUCUGUUACUCGAUUCCUCUUUAGCACUCGAGCUUUUACUCGCCCUGCUGCCCGAUCUCAAGUACUUGCACCUUGCUCUCAAUUCUCUACUAGCCCAUACUCUCGUGACUUGGUUGGCAAAGUUCAAGAAGCCGCUGAUGCAGUUAGCAAGAAAGCUGGACAAAGCGCAUCCAAGGGUAUCGAGACUCUAGAGUCAGCUAAAGAUAGAGUCAUGUCGGCCACUGGUACCGCCAGCUCCCAAGCUAAGAAUGUCGCUAGUGACGCACAAAAUGAGAUGGGCAAAACGAAAGAAUCGGCCAAGUCUAUGGCUAAGGACGCUCAAAAGAAAGCUACCAACUGAUUAUCUAAACUGUCUAUCGGUUGUCUUCUCGCCUUACUUGGCCUACCCUUUGCUUCUCAUCACAAUCAAGCAGAAAAGAAUGAAAAUGUAUCAGUAGAUGUUAAUGGCCUAUUUGCAACUUUCUUUGAUUUACGCGCGAAGUUGAAGUUUGUGCCUUGAGCAUUGUGACUCCUUGGCUGGAUUGAAGUUAACGGAUAGAGAUCAAUAGGUGACAUUUCCUACAAUCCUUGCAAUGCUUCGUUCAUGUUCCUU